AUGGCCUGUGUACUUCAAUCUAAGUCAGGCAGUGGCACAGUUGGGAAAGAUCUCCUCCCACUUAUUUCUGCAGUUGCAUAUGACUUCGACUUCGACUUCGACCACUUUAAACCCCUGCUGAAAUGUGCCAUCUCUGACGAAGGAGACGAUGCUAUCAUCCGGAAUCAAGAAGGUGGCGACCUAGUCUUUGACAGCAGCUGGACUGGAUGGCCAGAAAAUGCGAAGCAAGAAGAUUUGCUGAGCUGGUUUACAGUCUUUAGCAAGAAGCUGGCCAAAUUUGCAGCGGGAAAGACAUCAGUACCAACACGUCAGCAAAGGACAUUAGCGAAACUAAACGACUCGAUCGGUGGUUCUAAGGGGAAACGAAGGAUGGAUGUUGGUUUUGUGAACGAUUCUGAGGCUGGGAAGGAAUCGAGAUACCAUCGGUCCCAGGUCCUCGUACCAGGAGAGCUCAAGAGCAACCCUGCCGCUGAUAAAGCCUCAGAAGCAUGGCUCGAUCUUGGGAGGUACGCAAGGGAAGUGCUUUCUGCUCAGGACACUCGUCGCUUUAUACUAGGCUUUACCAUUUGCGGAUCUCUUAUGAGGGUAUGGACGUUUGACCGGCUUGGGGUCAUCGCAUCCGAGCAGUUCGACAUUAACAGAGAUGGACUACGAUUUGCAUACAUAAUCCUCGGGUUUCUCUGGAUAAACGAGGAGCAGCUGGGGUUCGAUCCUACCAUAAUAAUAGUAAAUAAGGAGCGCUAUAUUGAAGUCGAACGGGAGAGUUCAACUGAACGGAUCAUCAUUGAUGAGGUGAUGUACCGCGCGCGUUGCAUAGCUGGCAGGGCGACGACUUGUUGGAAAGCGCAUCUCAAAGGCGUCGUCAAUAGGGCUCGAUACUAUUGGCACGGCACGGUUCAGAUUAAUGGAACGAACGAUGAUGUUCGGAAUAACGUUCGAGGGGGGUUAGAUGUCACGAAAACUGCGAACUACCGCCCGGAACGCUUGAUGCCGACAAGCAGUAUGACGGCUGGUACUCCGCGGCAAGGCCGAAGCAUUAGUGCUGCUAGUAGGAAGCGGCCAUCUAGUCACAUUGGGGCUCCCCUCCCUCCUAGCAAGCGAUUUCGUUCUGCGUGUCCAACAGAGGCCGGCAGCUCUGCACUGCCGAAUCGGAUACAUCGUCGCGUUAUUCUCCGUGAUUGUGGAAGCCCUAUAUACAAGGCGAGCUCCCGAUCGGCCUUGCUCACUGCUCUCGAGGGCUGCAUUGAGGGGCACAAGUCCCUGCACACAGCAGGCUUUCUACACAGAGACAUCUCGAUCAAUAAUCUUAUGAUCAACGAGGAUGAUAAAAACCCCUCGUGGCCUUCAUUUUUAAUUGAUCUUGAUCUCUCUAUCAAAACGCAACGAGAAGUAUCCUCCGGGGCAAAGGGUAAGAUCGGCACGAGAGCUUUUAUGGUCGUUGGGGUUUUGCUUAACGAGCAGCAUUCCUUCAUGCACGACCUCGAGUCGUUCUUUUGGGUACUCUUCUGGAUAUGCAUUCACUACAACAGCCUAGGCAAGGGCAGAGUCUAUCCAAAAUUUGACAAAUGGAAUUUCACUGACGCGGAAGAGCUUGCCUUCGUUAAAACGGGCAUGAUUUGCAACGAAGGCGACUUCCUCAGAAUUGCUGAGGCGAACUUCACAUCGUACUAUCAUCCCUUGAUUACAUGCAUCAAUAAAUUACGGAAAGCAGUGUUCCCCCAUGGUAGGAGGUGGGUAAAAGAGAGUGAAAAAUUGUAUGCUAAGAUGAGGAAGAUUCUUCUAGAGGCCAAGAAGGACCCGACGGUGCUGGCGGAGACCUAG